AUGGGCCGUAGAAUUUCCCUUCUUAUUGCUUCCCUGCUGCUUUUAUUCUGCCUUGCUUUUUACUUCACCAAUGCUACCAUCACUGGUGAUUUUAUCCGAGCAGGCCAAUCGCUAAACACCUUGGAGACCAUAGAAUCUGCCGACGGAAUGUACAAACUUGGUUUCUUUAGUCAACAAAACUCGGCAAAGUAUCACGUGGGAAUAUCGUUCUGUCAUUUACCUGAUCGCAACGUACUUUGGGUUGCAAACAGGGAGCAGCCAUUCCCAAAUUCCUCUGCCGUUCUUACCCUCAACCUGGAUGGGAAUCUUGUAAUAUCCGAUGGCAGUUUGUUGUACGUUGUGGCAAACACCUCAGGUGGCAACGAUACCUCUGCCACGCUAUCAGACACUGGUAAUCUUGUACUGAAAAACAGGGCAGAGGUUUUGUGGCAAAGCUUUGACCAUCCGACCGAUACUCUUUUGCCUGGAAUGAAGGUUGAAGAUGAUAAGACAGGAUGGUCAUUAACAUCAUGGAAAAAAGAAGAAGACCCUGCUCCUGGUAUUUUCUCUCUGCAUCUGGGUUCCCGGAAAGAACUCAUCAUAAUGGAGGGGUCUAAACCAUGCUGGAGUAGUCCACUCAUUGGUGGACUAGCUGAUAAAUUCGAGAUUGCUGGGGAGAACAUUUCCUACACUAUUAGUAAUAAUUAUCCUUCUGAAUUUAUAAGAGUGUCGUUGAGUGUAAAGGGGGAGCUUCGACUGCAGACAUGGCCGUCGACAGACAAUUUACAAUCUCCUGCAGAUUUGUCCGGAUCAUUAAAGUGUGGGGCUUAUGCUUUCUGCGGUGAAUUCACCAUAUGCAAUGAGGCAGCCGAUCAAAAAUGUGAAUGUUUGCCGGGAUUCAAAGCCUAUGCUACUCAAGGAUGUAAGAGAAAAACAAUUUUGCCAUUCAGAGAUGUUCAGAAACAUGGGUUUCUUCAAAUGUCUAUGGUUUAUUUGCCCAGUAAUCCCCAGCAGUUGCACGUUGGCAAUGCUUCAGAGUGUAAAUCAGCUAGCUUGAAAAACUUCGAGUGUACUGGUUAUGCUUAUGAUCAAGAGCAUGGCUGCCAAGUAUGGGAAGGUCCUCUGCUAAAUCUGAAACAAUUCCCAGAAGAUAAUACAUAUAAACAAGACUUCUAUUUGAAACUUGCUCGUUCGGACUUGGCUGUUGAAGACACAAACUCAACCAAAUUGAAGGAUAACCGAUUAAAGAAAAUUGUCGUUCCGAUUGCAGUGGUUGUUGCAGUGGGCCUUAUUGUUUAUUAUGUGAGGAGGAGAAACCUCAGAAGCAAGGGGGAGGAUUUGUUACGGUUAGAUUUGGGCACAACCCAAAAGGCUAAUAAUUCAGAGGAUGGAGUUGGUAGAAAAAGACAUGUCCAAAUGCCAUUAUUUAGUUUCGCAAGUGUUUCUGCUGCAACAGACGGUUUCUCAGCUACAAAUAAGCUCGGAGAGGGUGGUUUUGGACCUGUUUACAAGGGAAUAUUACUGGAAGGGGGCGAAGUAGCUGUAAAAAGGCUUUCAAAAAGAUCUGGGCAAGGUUGGGAGGAGCUAAAAAAUGAAGCGAUGCUCAUAGCCAAGCUCCAACACAAGAAUCUCGUUAGACUUUUGGGCUGCUGCAUUGAAGGAGAUGAAAAGAUACUAGUUUAUGAGUAUAUGCCCAAUAGAAGCUUGGAUUUCUUACUUUUUGAUUCAGAGAAGUACAAGAUAUUAUAUUGGAGGACUCGUGUUGGAAUCAUUGAAGGAAUUGCUCAAGGACUUCUUUAUCUUCAUAAGUAUUCUAGGUUAAGGAUUAUUCAUAGGGACUUGAAGCCUAGUAAUAUCUUGUUGGACAUUGAUAUGAAUCCCAAAAUAUCAGAUUUUGGAAUGGCAAGAAUAUUUGGAGGAAAUGAGUCACAAGCAAAUACAAAUAGGAUUGUUGGCACUUACGGUUAUAUGUCCCCUGAAUAUGCUCUGGAAGGCCUCUUUUCAAUCAAAUCCGAUGUCUUUAGUUUUGGCGUCUUAUUGCUAGAGAUUGUGAGUGGCAAGAAGAAUACUGGCUUUUAUCAACGUGAUUGUCUCCAUCUUAUUGGACAUGCAUGGGAAUUAUGGACAAACGAUAGGGGAUCGGACUUGGCGGAUCCACUACUGAAUGAUAUAACCUCGAUGCAAAUAGUAUUGAGAUAUGUUAACAUAGCUUUGCUUUGUCUUCAAGCAAGUGCAGCGGAUAGACCUACUAUGUCUGAUGUUGUCACAAUGCUUAGCAAUGAAACUGCAGUUCUACCUUAUCCCAAAGAACCUGCUUUCUUGAAUGUGAGUGGUAUGGCAAUGGCAAACCCAAUAAACAAUAUGUCACAAAUUUGUUCUCUAAAUGGUGCAACUAUGUCAAUAAUGGAAGGCCGAUAA